AUGAUGAUUACUGAUGUGUCACAUAUGUAAUAAUCACGCGGCUUAGCAGCCAUGGACACCGUCGCCCGGGCAACUGGAAUAAAUUCUGUAAACACAGAGAUAGGUAUUGUCGUGUCCAGGGGAUUGCAUGAAAAAAAAUCGCUCAACAACCGGAGGUCUUCUGUUCGACGUGUGCACGAAGAUGUGAAUGUGCCGCGUUCGCCUAAAAGAAUAUACCUCGGACGAAAGUCUAUCAUCAUUCCGGGCUUGUGUUUUCGAAAUUCUGCCGCCAAAGCUACGACAAUGUCAGAAAAAAAGGCCGGAGAGAAAGUCUCUGAGAUUGACGCGCACAUCAGCAAACAAUAUGACAUCGUGCGACGCCUCGGUAAAGGGGCUUACGGCAUUGUGUGGAAGGCAAUCGAGAAGAAAAAGAAGGAAACUGUCGCGGUGAAGAAGAUCUUUGAUGCUUUCAGAAAUCAGACGGAUGCACAGCGCACAUUUCGCGAGAUUAUAUUUUUGUUGUCGUUUGCAAAUCACGAGAACAUCAUAAAGCUGAUCGGAUUGCACAAAGCGGACAACGACCGAGAUAUUUAUCUUGUUUUCGAGUAUAUGGAAACCGAUCUUCACAACGUCAUUAAGCGGGGCAAUAUCCUCAAGGACAUCCACAAGGUCUUCAUCAUGUACCAACUUUUCAAAGCGAUCAAGUACAUACACUCAGGCAACGUCAUUCACAGAGACUUGAAGCCGUCCAAUGUGCUUCUGAAUGCACAAUGUCAUUGCAAGAUCGCGGAUUUCGGAUUAGCGCGUUCGGUAACGCAAAACGGUGAGAAUGACGGCGAUGCCGGAAGUGAUCCAACACUGACGGACUACGUCGCCACACGUUGGUAUCGCGCGCCAGAAAUUCUCAUAGCUUCAAAGAGAUACACAAAGGGAAUAGAUAUGUGGUCCUUAGGUUGUAUUCUCGGUGAAAUGCUACUCGGAAAACCGUUGUUUCCUGGUUCGUCAACAAUAAACCAGGUGGAAAGAAUAAUGGCGACUCUGCCCCCGCCAACGGACGAAGAUUUAAUGUCAGUCAGCGCUGGUUACGGAACCAAUUUAUUAGAGAAGACACCCAGUGGACCCAGACGUAGUCUGAGAGAUCUGUUGCCGGAGGUGUCGGAGAAAGCUUUAAAUCUUAUCAGCAAUUUGAUAGUUUUCAAUCCCACGCAACGACUCACGGCCGUCGAAGCAUUGGAACAUCCGUAUGUUGCCGAUUUUCAUAGAAGAGGAAAUGAGCCGGAAAAAGGUUCUAGCGUCGUGCCAUUAUUAAGUGACGAUGUGCAGCUCUCCGUCGACGAAUACAGAAAUAAACUUUACGCAUUAAUGGAUGAGAAUCAUCGAAAACAUAAAAAUUUAUCAAAGUCCAGAUUACGGCGACUAUCUGAAAGAAUGAAAAGCGAGAGCAGUAAAAAUGCUCCGAGAAUUGGUCAAGGUGAUACUGUUGUCGCAUGUCCGUCGUUACCAAAUAGAAAGAUAAAGUCGUCCCAAGGCGAUAAUACUACAAAAACAAGAACAAUAAACACCAAAGAAGCACCUAUGCAGGAGACCUUCACAAAUUCUCGACAUCAUGUUAGAAACGUGUCAACUCAGUACACCAACAGUAACUUGAUGAAUGGUAACGUGGGAAACAUACCACCCGCAACGGUCAAAAGUUGUUUUUAUCUUAAUCAGCAGCAUUCGCAGUUGUCUAAAUCUCAGCGUUCCAUACAAUCGGAUCAAAUGGCAACGCACUGCGCCGGAAGGAAAUCGAACCAAUUAGCUGGACCAACACGUACCAAACUACGCAGAUCUUGCAGGCAACAGAGCGUCACUCAAGCACCAAUGCCCUUCACAUUUGCGUCAGCUAAUUGUUGCGGUGAUGAUCGUCGGCCUAAAACGAUGCCGGCGAAGUCGAUCCGAAUCAAUGACAGUCCAAAGAUGAUCAAGCAAGCUGCGAGUAACGUCACGAAGCAUUUCGUCAGGACCAGAGGAGAGUGUCGAAUGAGCAGUCCCGAAUCGUCGCAUCUAAGUCAUCAGCAAGCCAUUCGCAACUAUUUAAAUCAAACGAUGCCGGUGACGGUAGAGCAACAAUCACAGACGCGGUAUCGCACAUCGUAUCAGAGCAAAAGCAACUUCAUCGACAGAACGUGUACCGCUGUCGAUACCGGGAAUCGUGUCAGAAGCGCAGCGCCGCGUAAUCAAGCGAACAGAACGAGACACAGUUUUGACGGCAGCUGCAUUGCUCAAAGAAAGUCAUCAACGAUACACCACGACAAAUCAAAGUUUCUGGACAGUUACAAUCAGAACCAUGGCGUGAUAGCCGCGUCGGUUUACAAGGAUCUUUGUAACGGGACUAUAGGAUGGUAGGCGUGCUUUGCGGAGGAUGAGGACGAGAACGGGAUACUAGCGCGACGAUCGCUUUCUUUGAGGGGAUUUAUGCAACGGGCAAAGCGUAUAUCCCUCAAAGUUUCAAGUAUGAGUUUUUUUUUUUUUUUUUCAGAAAAAUGAUAAUCGGGAAACGAUUUCUUUGUGAAUGCAACUGAGAUAUUCCGGUGACUUUUACUCACGACAAUUUGCUGAAUGAAAAUGUAAAGAAUAUUUUGUUGUAAUGACAUUUUUAAUAUUUUUCUUCUAUAAAUUCUUCCGAAUCGGUCUAUAUUUUGGUAAACAAAUUAUUAUCUACCAAAUGUGUUUGUUUUAUAAUUUUAUGCGUGGAAUGCAAAUGAGAUAAUUUUUGUUUUUGAAACAAGAUAAUUGACAAAACACUGCUAUUAAUCAAAAUAUUUUCGCGAUAAAAAAGAAGCGGUCGUCGUGGGUUUUUUCCGAGAGUUCAUCUCGUUCAUCCUCACGCUUGUUCAUUUUCACGCAGGAAGCGCCGUCUCGCUCAAUUGACGCAAGAUUCGUAAGUAAAUAAGCAAAUAUAUUGCACUAUAUAAGCGAAUUAAUAAGCAAUGCUCGCACGUUCGAUACUUCGAGUUCUCACGGGGAUGAAAUCGAUAGGAACGUCAAUCGAACAAACAAUCGCAAAACUCUUAAAGUUUGAAAAUUAUUAUAAAUAUACUCUUUUAUACAACUACCUCAACUUUUUAUAUCAACGUUGAAAAUAGGAAAAAAAAAAAAUUAGAGAAAGAGGUAAGCGCCUUAAAACGGUUCUCGUUCAAAAAUGCGACAAUAAAAAACAGCUUUGAUAGAGGGUAAAAAUUUUUUUCCGAUAAAAACACGGAAAAAAAAUGUUUAAGUAGUAAACUAAGGAGAGACAGACGAAGUAUGAGGAGUAAAAAUCGCAGUAAUUAGAGAGGAAUCACUCUCUGGGAAUUCGAAGAGCACGUACAAGCGUAGAAAAGAAACACGUAAAAAAUUACACAAAUGCAAAUCGAUUCAUGCGGUAACACGCAUUUUUCUAUGACGUUUUAUUUGUACGAUGCGGAUAUAUGGAGUACAUUUGAUACACGCGAUACGAUAUACAUAUCAACCGUGUAUCCGUCGUCGAUUUAAUGUACAAAUCUCAUUGUAUCAUAUUUGUGUCGCGGCACUUUUGUGCGGCGACGCUCGACAGCGUUCGGACUCGUGUAUACUGUACGUAUCGUAAGAAUAAACUUUUAAUAAAGACA